CAUGCGUGACUCGUGUCUACACGUGUACUAAUGUUGUGAAAAGCUGUGAAUGACUUGUGAUUGAGUCAUGAAUUGUCUUCUCGUUCACGAAGUGGUGCUCAUAGUUGUCGUGCUUUCGCUGGUCUUCGGUCUCGCGAUUCCCGACAAAGACGACCACAAGAGCCGCAGCGCAGACCCGAUGCAUGACUCGAGCCAUUACUCGGAUGGCGUCCAUAACGCAGAGUACGAUCACAAGGCGUUUCUCGGCGAAGAGGCCGACGAUUUCGACCAAUUGUCACCUGAAGAGAGCAAAUCACGUUUGGCUCAAAUGGUGGACAAAAUCGACAAAAACAAUGACGGAUUCAUUACGACUGAAGAGCUUAAAGAUUGGAUUCAUAUCUCGCAGAAGAAGUAUAUCGUGGAUGACGUCGACAGGCAGUGGAAGACACAGACGGCAGACGACGAGACGUCGACCACUAUUUCGUGGGAAGAUUACAAGAAACGGACGUUUGGUUUCUUGGAUCAGUUGUCGGAGAACUCGGUUUCUGCGGACGAAACCAAUACUUAUCGAGAAAUGCUUCGUCGAGACGAGCGGCGCUGGAAACUGGCCGACAAGGACUCAGACAGCGCUCUAAACAAAGACGAAUUCCUCGACUUUCUUCAUCCCGAAGAAGCGCAACACAUGAGAGACGUUGUCGUCGACGAGACGCUCGAAGACAUCGAUAAGAACAAAGACGGAAAGGUUUCGGUCGAAGAGUACAUAAGCGAUAUGUAUUCUCCGGACGCCACCGGAGAUCAAGUACCCGAUUGGGUGAUCCGAGAGAAGGAUCAGUUCAGAGAAAUACGUGAUAAAAAUAAAGACGGGUUUAUGGACAGAGAGGAGAUCCGCGAAUGGAUUAUUCCUCCGGAUUACGACCACUCGGAAGCGGAGGCCAAACACUUGAUACGAGAGGCGGACACUAAUCAGGAUUCAAAGCUAACAAAAGCGGAAAUAUUGGAAAGUUAUGACGUUUUUGUCGGCUCUCAGGCAACAGAUUUCGGAGAAGCGCUUCUCAGACACGAAGAGUUUUGAAAAUAACUUAAUUUUAGACUUUGAAUCCAAUCCAAACUUCGGUCACAAAAAACUGUCGUUUUUGGAAACCAUUUGCUGUUUUUCUAUUUAUUUACACAAAAAUGCUAUAAUUAGUGAUAAUAUACUGUAAAUACCUUAUAAUUGCUUCUAUUUUCUAGUAUUGAAACCAAAUCUCCAAUAAAUUAAUUGAGAUCUGAUUUUUAGACACUUUUGAACCAAAAUCCGAAUUUCUAGUCAAAAGACUUUUGCUUUAAAAAAGUGCCAAAAAAAAAGAAAUUCAGGUUUUCUUCUUCCGUCACAUUUAAUACAUUUAUUUUCCGACAAAUAAAUAAAUAAUUUCUUUUAAACAUUGUUUUUUAGAUUAAAGUAUUUUCGCAUUUAAACUGCAAUUAAAUUAAAAAUUGAGUGAAAAAUGCGGUUUUUAUAAAAGAAUAAAUAAUAUAUAAUUAGAGACCGAAUAUUGUAUUCAAAUGUAUA